GAUGAUUGCUCUGCAAGGAGAAAAAAGGAUUUUAGGCCGUGGUAGGGGCCAUGGCUGAGCAGGAAGCGGGCAGCAGCCUCUCACCUCGCCGAGCUGUCCAGACUCUGCUCCAGCAUAUCCAUGAAGGUUUUGCGGUUGUAAAACGCCGAUAUUCAACGACACUGAUUUACGGAGAUGGAAGUGCAGAUCACGGGGACAAACACACGGGUCAUGUGAGGAAGACAGUCCAGGACACGUGAGGCACAAACCGGGCAAGGAGCUAAAAUGGAGGCCGCUGCUGAGCAGGACGGAGCAGUCUGAGUCUGUGCGGAAAACAAAAAAAAAUAGUCCGGGCUUUUACGCAGCUUCGCGGAGAUGGUGGUGCUCCAGUCGGAGGGGUUAAGAUCGUUAAAGUAUUUUAGAUCAACUGCUGGAUGCACGGAUGGAAGUCAAUGUCAACCUUUGCAUCAAAUUCAGCCAGUGGGAGGCGAUGGUGGAUCUGUCAGCAGGCACGAUGUCCUCAGCCGAAAAUAGAGCGAAGGAUUUAACUCACCACUGAGACCUAACCCCACCCCUUGCUGGGAACAUUAUUUAAUAAAAUUUACAAAUUAAGAUGGAUUUGCAGACAGCGCAGUAACAGACUGAAGAUUGUUGGAGAACUAAGAGGGACACUGAUCAUCAGAUAACAAAGAAAAUCAACAUAGAAGUCUACGAAUAUCAUCGGAGCAGAGUUUUCUCUUCUUCUCACAAGCUUUAAAAGAUAAGUUGCAGAUAAGUGCAAUGGCGACACCCAAAAACACUCCCAGAGGUGCAAACACACCAAUAUCCCCCAACCGUAUCACCCGACUCCAGGAGAAGGAGGAUCUGUCCAACCUCAAUGAUCGGCUGGCUGUCUACAUCGACAAGGUGCGCUUUCUGGAGACCGAGAAUGCCGGUCUCCGUCUGCGCAUCACUGAGUCAGAGACAGAGGUCAGUCGGGAGCUGACGGGCCUGAAAGCCGCUUAUGAGACCGAGCUGGCAGAUGCCCGUCAGACUCUGGACUCUGUGGCCAAAGAGAGAGCACGUCUGCAGCUGGAGCUGGGCAAGCUCCGAGAAGACCACAAGGAGCUGAAAGCAAGGAACACCAAAAAGGAGUCAGACUUGGCCGGAGCGUUGCAGAGGCUCAAAGACCUGGAGGCUCUGCUGAACUCAAAGGAUGCAUCUUUGACUACGGCUCUGGGAGAGAAGCGUAACCUUGAGGUGGAGAACAGGGACCUGAAGGCACAGGUUGCCAAGCUGGACACCAGUUUGGGCGAUGCCAAGAAGAAGCUGCAGGAUGAGAUGCUGAGGAGGGUGGACGGAGAGAAUCGCAUCCAGACCCUCAAAGAGGAGCUGGAGUUUCAGAAGAACCUCCACUCUGAGGAACUGCGGGAGACAAAGCGUCGUCAUGAGUCUCGCAUGGUUGAAUUGGACAACGGGCACCAGCAGGAUUUUGAAAGCAAGUUGGCGGAGGCGCUGGUAGAGAUGCGUAGCCAGCACGAACUGCAGAUCCAAAUGUACAAGGAUGAGAUUGAGAAGACCUACAAUGCCAAGCUGGAUAAUGCUCGUCAGUCAGCGGACAGGAGCAGCCACCUGGUUGGAGCAGCACAUGAGGAGCUCCAGCAGACACGAAUCCGCCUGGAGUCCAUGUCCUCUCAGCUCAGCCAGCUGCAGAAACAGCUGGCGGCCCGUGAGGCAAAGGUAAGGGACCUGGAGGAUGCACUGUCUCGGGAGCGGGACACCACACGUCGCAUGCUCAGCGAGAAAGACAGAGAAAUGGCAGAAAUGAGGCAGCAAAUGCAACAGCAGCUGGAUGAGUACCAGGAGCUCCUGGAUGUCAAGUUGGCUCUGGAUAUGGAGAUAUGCGCUUACAGGAAGCUGCUGGAGGGAGAGGAACAGAGACUGCGUCUCUCCCCCAGUCCUCCACCCACCAAAGUGACAGGAAGUCGUUCCUCUAAUUCAGGAGCUCACUCUCGAUCGGUCCACUGCAGCUCUCUGAGCUCUCCUGGCAAGAGGCGACGUCCCAAUGACACAGACAGUGAGGCUUCGAGCUUUGCAGGUGGAGCUGUGGCCCGCACUCGCAUCACCCAGCAGGCCUCAGCAAGUGGACGGGUCACUGUGGACGAGGUGGACCUGGAUGGGAAAUAUGUCAGACUCAGCAACAAAGCAGAUGAGGAUCAGAAUAUGGGGAACUGGCAGGUGAAGCGCCAGGUGGGAUCCGGUGCCCCCAUCAUCUUCAAGUUCCCGGUAAAAUUCACCUUGAAGGCCGGCCAGAGGGUCACAAUCUGGGCCUCUGGUGCUGGUGUAACCCACAAUCCUCCAUCUGACCUGGUGUGGAAGACUCAGGCCUCUUGGGGCACUGGAGACAUGUUCCAGACCACCCUAAUCAGUGCCAAUGGAGAGGAAAUGGCAAUGAGGAAGGUCACCCGCACACAGUUUGAAGAAGAGGAUGAUGACAUGGUGGCUCACAGCACCUGUGGGGACAGCGAGUACAACCUGCGGAGCCGCACGGUGCUAUGCGGCUCCUGUGGACUGCCUUCAGACAAAUCCAGCAACUGCUCCGUGACCUCAGGCUCCCGCUCCUUCCGCAGCGGAGGCAUCUCCGAGGGUUUACUGCCGCACUCCUACGUGUUCAGCAGCAGCACUCCUCGCAAGACUGGAGCCAGGAUGGAGAGCUGUCCAAUUAUGUGAGCCCCUGGACCCAUGCUGAAACAUUUCAGUUCUAUUAGGUCUCAGUUAUUAGUUCUUUAGUUACCAGUUGUAGUUAUUAAGUUCAAUUCAUGUACUUUGGAAUCAUUUUAAAGAUAUCAUAUGCAAUAAAUCUUUAUUUAGCUUUUUUUUAUAAUGUACAUAGGCAUGCAUUGAAAUAUUUUCUUGAUUUUAAAUGGUGAUUAAAGCAGUUAAUUUUGGUAACACUAAGGGUUGGAAAUUUAUACCUGGCUUCCACCUAGUAAAAUAUGAACCUACCAGUUACUUUAAGUACUUACAACAGCAGUUUUUUGGCUCAUUCAUUCGGCAAACCUUACUUACUGGUAAAACAAAUAAAAGUUGGUGAUAUCAACAGCUACUGUUGCUGGUAGAAAAAAAGCAUACUUCCUUGUUAACUACCACAGUUAAAUCAUAUUUUCAUUACAUUCCGCAAACAUACUGGUGCAACAGCGUUGCAGUAAACGCAUUUAUAUUUACAUUUAUUUUGAAUAGAAUUUACUUAAAGGAAGUUGACCCCAACCUUUCUACAGAUCAACAGAAUAUUGUUAAUUUUUCCCGAUAUCAAUAAACACAUUUUCUGAA